GGCUGUCGCCGAAAGCCUUUUUUUCUGCGGGUUACAGUAAUUAGGGGUUCGCGAGAGGGAUUCAGGGGUACUUUUCAAUCAAUCAGGGGCUCCUAAGUGGGUGACGUGGCAAGUUGGGAGGUGUCCUCUGUGGGCGACUUGACAAGUUGCGGCCACGUGCCGGUCGCACAUUUGACCGACCGGUCCUCGUCUGUUAUUUCUCGAUCGGUCCGCGUUCUGGCGGGUUCACGGGUGGCUGCGUGUGAGACGAGCGGACGGUGGCUUUGUGGAACGACCGGUCGGUCCGGUGAAUUGACCGGUCGUCGUUGGUUGCGUUAAGCAACUGAAGUAUCGAAGAUGAUUAGACGAAAUGCCCGCCUGCGGCGCGAGUAUUUGUACAGGAAAGGGCUGGAGGGGAAAGAGCGGGCAAUAUAUGAGAAAAAGCGGAAAAUUAGGCAGGCCCUUGAAGAAGGAAAACCGAUACCUACAGAGCUGAGGAAUGAAGCUGCAAAACUGCGAGAUGAGAUUGAGCUGGAGGAUGCAAAUCACAUAGAGCUGCAAACACACAUCGAUGACGAGUAUGCCCACUGUGGUGAGGUCGACCCGAAGAUUUUGAUUACCACAUCUCGCGAUCCAAGCAGCAGAUUAAUACAAUUUGUGAAGGAGAUGAAGAUCGUGCUUCCGAAUUCACAGCGCAUUAACCGUGGUGGCCAGACUGUUCCGGAGAUCGUGGAUGCAUGCCGGCGAAACGACUUCACUGAUAUUGUGAUGGUUCAUGAACACAGGGGGGAGCCUGAUGGGAUGAUUGUCUGCCAUCUUCCCUAUGGCCCAACUGCAUAUUUUGGACUCCUCAAUGUGGUCACCAGGCAUGACAUCAAAGACCGGGCAUUAGUAGGAACGAUGUCGGAAGCUUAUCCUCAUUUGGUUUUCGAGAACUUCAGCACAAAGCUAGGAGUGAGGACAAGUACUAUUUUGAAACACCUCUUCCCCGUACCUAAAGACGACAGCAAACGUGUCAUCGCUUUCGUCAAUCAGAGUGACUACAUCUCAUUCAGAUCAAGCUUGGGACGAUGGAUCAGGUAGAAUCACAGAACGAGUGGGUGUUGCGGCCAUACAUGAAUACAGCGAAGAAGCGGACGGCGCUAUAGCCCCCAAGGGCCCAAGGCCUUGCAGAAAUGAUUUUCCCGUCACAGUCACAUCGACACGCCGAGAGAACAGAAAGGGCCGUCAUUGCCAUCGUUCUGCGACUGGGAGGAGGAAAUUUUGGUCACUCGUUCGGCUGCGGGCCUAUAGGAUCGAAGAGAGCGUUGAGUCCUGAGCAGUACAGUUAGGUAAACCAACUACACUACCUACUUCUCACAGACUCCCGGAAUUCUCCGACGAGAAAAGAAAGGACAUCGCAGUGACUGGGUAGAAGAGAACGUUUUUUUCUGAUUUGGCUGGCUGUAAGCGACAAGAGCAGUGCACCGUUUCACGGCAGCCCCAGUUUGUACCCCUGCUUUUUUCCAUUUAAAGGGGUGGAGGGGUCCUUGCAAAAAGGGGGGGGUGCAGGGGCGUCACCCACGAUUACAGGGACCGUGAUCUCUUCCAAAUAGGCUUUUACAGCGGCGGCCCUGCUGUCAAGUAGAUGGGUUCAAAUCUCAAACUCAUUUUUGGGGGGUGAAGUUAGGGAAAUGCAGAUCUGCUCCGGGGGUUUUGCCGGGUCGAGCAUGCAAUUUUUUCAGCAUGCUGUUUUGAAGAAGAGUGUAUUCCACGGUUCCACCCCUGAGCGUGUUCAUCUGUUCUACAUGCGGUUUCGAGUUCCUCAACUGUCAUUUGCGGGCUUGUGCCUAGAGUGUA